UCUGCCUCCACACACACCAUGCUCGACAACUUUACCAUUGUCAACCGAGGAGGGCUCUGCCUGUACUCGUACCAACCUUCUGCAAGUGUGUUCCAUGGUGUUGGACUCCAUCCUGUGGAUGCUCUUAUUUCUAACGUCUUGUUGGAAGGUCAUGCUUCGUCUGCUGCUUCUCCCUACAUUGUUGGCUCGUUUGCAUGCAAGUGGCAUUUGGAUAACAAUGUCGGCCUCGUCUACGUUGCUGUCUAUCGUCACGCCUUUCCCAUUCGCUACGUGGAUGAUCUUCUCGACUCGGUCCCGGCUGCCUUUGAGUCACACUACUCGGCUGCUGCGAGCAAGCCCAAGGCUCCCUCGCCCACAAACAUCGACGACUUUGAUGAGACCUUUAAGGAUCUGCUGCUGCGAGCAGAGACCGCGGCCGAGGCUGCCAAGCGCGCGGGCAAGGCGGGCAAGGCGAACAAGGGCAAGGCAAGCGAGGGCAAGGCAAGCAAGGCCAAGACGAGCCAUGCCAAGGGCAAGGCCGAGGCACUGCCGGAUGCCGACGAGGCUGCAGGAGAUGAGGCGAGCGGCGACGGCGACGGCGGCGACGGUGACGGCGGCGAUGUGCCUGACGGCAAGCCGAUGACUCCGGCAGAGAAGCGCAAAGCGGCUAUGGCGCGGCUGAAGGCACGGAAGGGCGGCAAGGGUGGCAAGGGAAGCAAGGGCGGGCGCGGCAAGGGCGGCAAGGCGUCGCGUGGCAAGGAGGCAAGCAGCCCGGCGGUGAGCACCAAGAAGCGCGGCAAGGUGAUGCGGACCAAGAACAAGCUGAGCAAGGCCGACGAGGAGGCGCUGGCGGCAUCGCUGGCGAUGAAUGCCGACGGGUCGUCGGCUUCCGCGCGCAAGCAGGCGCUCGCGCGCGAGGCCGACGAGGAGGCGCUCGACAUCGAGGUGGUCAAGGGCGGGGUGGCGCUCGGCGACAUUGCUGACGAGCUCUCGUCGUCGUCAGAGGGCGGGCCGGAUCCGCUGGAGGACGGCGACGACGCCGGGUCGAGCUCCAAGCCCAAGGCGACAACCGGCCUGUUCUCGCUCUUCCAGACGCUGACCGGGAACAAGACGCUUGCUGAGGAGGACCUCGAGCCGGUCAUGGCGGCGCUUGCGCAGCGGCUGGAGGAGCGCAACGUGGCAUCCGAGGUUGCCCAUGCGCUCACCGAGUCUGUGGCGUCGAACCUGAUCGGGCAGACGCUGCCGUCGAUGACGUCGGUCAAGUAUGCGGCCAAGCAGGCGCUGACCGAAGCGCUGACGCGGAUUCUGACGCCGCGGCGCAAGAUCGACGUCAUUCGCGAGGCGCAUGCAGCGCGCGAGGCUGGCAAGGUGUACUCGAUCGUCAUGAUGGGUGUCAACGGCGUCGGCAAGUCGACGUCACUCUCCAAGAUUUGCUACUGGCUGCGGCAGAACGGGUUCUCGGUCCUCAUUGCGGCGUGCGACACGUUCCGGUCAGGCGCCAUCUCGCAGUUGCAGACGCACGGCAAGCGGCUCGGCGUCGACGUUUACGAGCAAGGCUACGGCGGCGACCCAGCUGCGGUGGCCAAGGCCGCCAUCGGGCGCGCAGUCCGCGAGGGCAUCGACGUUGUCCUCAUCGACACCGCCGGGCGCAUGGUCAAGAACUCGCCGCUCAUGAAGGCGCUUGCCAAGCUGGUCGAAGUCAACCUGCCGGACCUCAUCCUGUUUGUCGGCGAGGCACUUGUCGGCAACGACGGCGUGGACCAGCUCAUGGGCUUCCGCCAGGCGCUCAUCGACCAUGGAACGACGAGCCGCAACAUCGACGGCAUCGUUCUCUCCAAGUUUGACUCGGUCGACGACAAGGUCGGCGCCUCGGUCUCGAUGGUCCACGCCUCGGGUGGCAUCCCUAUUGUCCUUGUCGGCACCGGCCAGAACUACACCGACAUCAAGGGCUUUUCGGUCAAGGGAGUUGUCAAGGCGCUCAUGAAGUAAGCCUCUAACAGUUCGGUAGUCGCGCACCUCCCACGUAAACAACGUAGCUCGCAAA